UCGCCUUAGGAUGCUAUUUACCAUAGACAAAAUGCAGGAAUUAUUCAACGUCAAGCUAUGGAUAAUAGCAGGGGUAUUCCUGGUGUCUAUGUUACCAUCUACCGGAUGUUCCACAGUAGCGCCUCUCGCUCAGUUUACACAGCUAAUGGAAAGGAGUGUGGUGCCGUUGACAAUGGCAAAAAUCUUCUCUCUGAACGACAUAUACGAUGCCCAGGUUUGUGUUCUCAAUAACAUAUUUGCUGAGAACAAAGAUAUCCCUAAAUUAUGCACGUGUUCUUUCUCACGUAUACGUGCCAUAGAGCUAAUGUGUGCCAACGGGGAAAUCUACGAAAGCUACGAUUGCAGUAAAAAUAUAUGCGAGACUUGCUGCACAUUAAGUAUGUCGGCGAAUGAGCUGAAACCUGGAGAUUACCCUGUAAGCUGCAAAGUUCGUUGUAUCAAUUCACCGGUGGCAUCUGAUGUCACGGAGGAAUCACGAGACUUAUUGUCCGGUUUGCUCAGAAAGAUAAAUGCUUUGUACCACCCGGAGCCAAAUAAGGCCAAGGCACCAGAAGAAGCAGUUGUGCCCACCAAAUAUCACGUUAUACCACUGGAGGAACAGCACGACGAUACCUUCUAGAAAUGUUGAGCAAUUGAUCA